AUGCACCGCUAUUGGUCGCCGGCGGCCAUAUUGGCGCGGCGCAUGCGUCCCACGCGCGGGCACACAUGUGACUGGCUGGUGGCCGACUGUGCACCGAUAGGCACCGGAGCUGGCGUAUCCGCCAUCUUAUUUUCGAGCACGUGGUGUCGCAAGCACCUGCCGCCGUAUUUUCGUCCCGAUAUCGUGCGAGACGCGCACGCCGCUACGGCGCGGGCCGCCGGGUCAUUU